CAAAUUGAAUUGUUUCAUCUCUGUCCCCCACAUUUAUUUAGUGCAUUUCGCAUUUAGUUUUUUGACAAUUGACAGUGUAGUCAGUGAGUGAGACGGUUCCGUACAUAACUCGCAAAUAUAAGCAAAAAACGUGAAAAAACCACACAAAAAUGGUCUCGUUAAACCCCGUGCGCGUGUUGAAGCAUGAAGCCGAGGAGGAAAAAGCGGAAAUUGCCCGCUUGUCGAGCUUCGUGGGGGCGAUUGCAAUUGGGGAUUUGGUCAAAAGUACGCUGGGGCCCAAAGGAAUGGACAAGAUUUUGGUGUCCAGUGGCAGGAACGCGGGGCAGGUUGAAGUUACAAAUGAUGGGGCCACGAUUUUGAAGUCGGUGGGGGUUGAUAACCCCGCAGCCAAAAUUCUGGUUGAUAUGUCCAAAGUGCAGGAUGAUGAAGUGGGCGAUGGGACCACCUCAGUCACUGUCUUAGCUUCUGAGUUGUUGAAAGAAGCGGAAAAGCUCAUAGACCAAAAAAUCCACCCACAAACAAUCAUCGCUGGUUGGCGUAAAGCUGUAGAUGUGGCCAGGAAAGCGUUGCUAGACGCCUCUGCUGAUAACAGUUCGAAUUCGGAAAAAUUCCGUGAAGAUCUGAUGAAUAUCGCACGAACGACUCUCAGUUCGAAAAUUUUAUCUCAACACAAAGAACAUUUCGCUAAAUUAGCUGUUGAUGCUGUCAUGCGUUUGAAAGGUUCCGGUGAUUUACAAGCCAUUCAGUUAAUUAAAAAAUCGGGAGGAACCCUUGAAGAGUCAUUCUUGGACGAGGGUUUCCUCCUCGAUAAAAAACCAGGCGUCCAUCAACCGAAACGCGUCGAAAACGCCCGAAUUUUAAUCGCCAAUACACCAAUGGACACCGAUAAAAUCAAAGUGUUUGGUUCGCACAUCAAAGUGGAUUCUAUGGCGAAAAUCGCCGAGUUGGAGUUGGCCGAGAAGGAAAAAAUGAAAGACAAAGUAAACAAAAUCCUCAAACAUAACGCCAACGUUUUUAUUAACAGACAGCUAAUUUAUAAUUAUCCUGAGCAAUUGUUUGCCGAUGCUGGCGUUAUGGCGAUCGAACACGCCGACUUUGAUGGCAUUGAGCGUUUAGCUUUGGUCACAGGUGGCGAGAUCGUCUCAACGUUUGACAAUCCUGACCUUGUAAAGCUUGGCAAAUGCGAUUUGAUUGAGCAAGUUAUGAUUGGUGAGGAUAUUUUGCUGCGUUUUAGUGGAGUUCCUCUAGGGGAGGCUUGCACUGUUGUGAUUCGUGGAGCGACUCAACAAAUCAUAGACGAGGCUGAUAGGUCGCUUCAUGACGCUCUUUGUGUCCUUGCGGCUACAGUUAAAGAGAGCCGAAUUGUUUACGGUGGGGGCUGUAGUGAGACUUUGAUGGCUGUGGCUGUGAGCAAAGCUGCAGCCAAGACUCCGGGUAAGGAGGCUGUGGCGAUGGAAGCCUUCGCGAGGGCUUUGCUCCAGUUACCGACUAUUAUAGCCGAUAAUGCAGGGUAUGAUUCAGCUCAGUUGAUAAGCGAGUUGAAGGCGGCUCAUAACAGUGGGAAUGUUACGGCGGGGCUUAAUAUGGAGACGGGGGAACAGGGCGAUAUGAGGGCUUUGGGGAUCACGGAGUCGUUUGUUGUUAAAAGACAGGUUUUGUUGUCGGCGGCUGAAGCAGCAGAGAUGAUUUUGCGUGUUGAUAAUAUUAUUAAAGCGGCACCGAGGAGAAGAGUCGAGGAUAGGGGACACUGCUAAUUCGUCAAACUCACUAUUUUUACUUGCAUUGUAUUAGUUGUACAACUAAGUUUUUUGAUGUAUUUGUAUUGAUCCAUUAACACGUAAUAAAACGCUUUCAUUUA